AUGGUGUUUACGAAUUGCACCUGCUUCAGCGAGGACCCCGAGAAGAUGUUAUCCCACCUGAAAUGCGGCUUGAGCAAGAGUGUCAAACGGCCGUCCUUCAACAUAGACUUCCAAUUCCAAAAGCCCGUGGCCAAGUUCUUUGUGAAUAUGAGAAUUGUCUUACCCCGCCGUUUGGGCGACGAUUUUACUUUAUUUAAUCUGUCUGCAAUCGAUGGUUGCAAUCUGCUGUCGAACAAAAACCAGAUCGCCUUCAUCCAGCUGGGCCGCAAGCACAUGGAUCGGUUUAGCAAUAUUCCCAAGCGGUGUCCUUGGCCCAAGGAUGUGCCCUACUAUGUCCGCGGGUUCCGCUCGGAUAUGGCCGCCAUGCCGGCCUUCAACUUCGAGACGGACAUGAAUCUCUGGUUCGACCUGGUGGUCAACCAGCACAAGCUCAUCCGCGGAUUCAUUCAGAGCCGGGUGCAGCGCCGAAAGAGCCACAAAAACGGCGCUGGCGAGGAUUAA